GCACGCAAUAUUUUGGCAGUGGGUGUUUUGUCUUUACUUAUGUUCGUUAACAUUAUUAAUUUGAUUAUAUAUUUCUUUAUGUUCGUUGUUUCUACUACUAUUAUUGUGUAUUUCUUAAUAUAUAAGGACACAUUUUAGGUUUCUUUCCAUUCUCGUUAACAUAUGGUACAUCUAUUUUACACAAGCAUUAUUCACGCAUGCCACUUUCUCUCAUUGUUUUGUUACUGUUUGCAAUAUACGAACGCCCGCGCGAUCGCCAGAAGCAUCACUUGCAAAGGGCAAGAUCCGUCCGCCGAACAAAGUUCAACUCGUUGCGAUCAAAUCGCGAGCGAGACUUCGUUGCUUCUCGGAAUAGAUAGUACCGAUUCGAUACUAGAUACUAGCAGUAGGACGACUAAAGAACCUGUUGAAGGGGACGGCUCAAACAGCAGCAGCACCGGACAGGGUAGAGUCAAGGAUGAGAUUGCAUUCGUCUCGAACAAUGAUCUACCGGAUCCGGUGCUGUACGCCGAUGGUUGUGUCGAUGAUUCCAAGAUCAUUAUGCUCUGUCAGAAGCAGGAAAUGGAAAGACUGGGAAUGACCGUCAGUUCUGGAACGGUGGUCGUUAAAAAGGACACCACAAAUUUGAUUGGUAUAAGCAUAGGUGGAGGAGCCCCCCUCUGUCCCUGUCUAUAUAUAGUUCAGGUAUUCGAUGGAACUCCAGCGGCUCGCGAAGGAACACUUCAGAGUGGCGAUGAACUGCUUGGCGUCAACAGCGUAUCAGUCAAAGGUAAAACCAAAGUUGAAGUCGCUAAAAUGAUACAAGCGGCCACCGAGGAGGUCACCAUUCACUACAACAAAUUGCAUGCGGAUCCGACUCAGGGCGAAACAUUGGAUAUCGUUCUGAAAAAGAUGAAGCAUCGAUUGGUGGAGAGAAUGUCCAGCAGCACCGCCGAUACCCUGGGACUAUCCCGGGCAAUCCUGUGCAAUGAUUCACUGGUCAAACGCCUACAGGAAUUGGAACGUACCGAGGCGAUGUACAAAGGACUGGUGGAACAUGCCAAACGAAUGCUGAAAGCCCAUUUCGACGUCCUACAAACGUACCAAUCGUUUGGCAACAUUUUUGCAGCGAUUAGCGUCCGCGAGCCGCAACCACGAGCCUCGGAAGCAUUCCGCACCUUUGGCGAGUUGCAUCGAAAUAUGGAGAAAGAUGGCAUCAAGAUGAUCAAAACGCUGAAACCCAUUCUGGCCGACAUGGGUACCUACCUGCAUAAGGCUAUCCCCGACACCAAACUGACCGUCAAACGUUACGCCGAUGCCAAGUUCUCAUACCUCUCGUACUGUUUAAAGAUCAAAGAAAUGGACGAUGAAGAGCACAGCUACGCUGCCAUUCAAGAACCGCUGUAUCGUGUCGAAACGGGGAACUAUGAGUACCGUCUAAUCCUCCGCUGUCGCCAGGAAGCCCGUGUAAAAUUCGCCAAGCUACGCAGUGACGUUCUGGAGAAAAUUGAGCUUCUCGAGUGCAAACAUGCCCGCGAUCUGGCUUCCCAGUUGAGACAAUUCAUACAAGGUCUGUCAACCCUGGCAACGGAAACCGUCGAACGGCUGGAAUCCAUUCCGAAUCUCUUCCCCAUUGAGGUGGAUCUGAAACCAAGUGCGUUCCAGUACAAGUCAGCGCUGAAAUUCCAACCAGAAGAGGAAGUGGAAGAAGAAAUCCACCAAGCCGAGGAAGCAGUCGAAGCAUCCGUUGGGCGAGGUGCUAGGAACGAAAAUGGAUCCACCAACAAUGGGGGUGCCUCGAUCGACCAGUUGCUCUCUGGAUUCGAAGAAAUUGAUUUGAACAAAAGCUGCUGCACCGGAGCAGCCACUAGUGACAAUAACGAUCUGCUAACGGAAUUGGGUUUGGCGGAUAUCGAUCUCUCCGUGGGAAAACCACCGAUGAUAGGGACAAACCUGAUGGAUGAUCUACUGAUACCGGACCUGGCGGAUUUCGGUAAGUGAAAGCUGGUUUUCUGUAGCUAGACGUGGUAUUGGCUUAUUCUUAUUUAUUUGUGUAUCAAUACAUAUAUCUAGUCGUGUUGAGAAA